CGUACCCCGUGCUCUGCCAACCUGGGCACCGCAGCGCCCCGGCCUCUCUCGGCCCCGCCUCUGCCCCCACCGGCUCUCUCGAGUCCCGCCUUCUGUCAUUCGGGGCCCCGCCUCCGAGGCCUUAGGCUCCGCCCCUGUAACCUGGGCACCUGGGCCACCGGGCCUGCCCGGCCCAUCCCCCUGGGCCCAGCAAAGCAGGGGCUGGCAGCCCUUGGCCACCCAGGCCUGGAGCGCAUCCCUCUCUGGCCCCGCGGCUGCGCGCCAGUGGGCGGUGAGGCAGCACCCCCGGCUUGCAGCUUGCGGGCUCCCCCGUGUGGGAGGGUGGGCUGGGAAAAAGGGAACUGUGACCGAGGAGUGAGAACCGGCAGUCAGGACCCUCGCCACGGUAGAAUGGGUGAGGAGGGGCCUCCCAGCCUGGAGUACAUCCAAGCCAAGGAUCUGUUCCCCCCCAAGGAACUAGUGAAGGAGGAAGAGAACCUGCAGGUACCCUUCACAGUACUGCAGGGUGAGGGAGUCGAGUUCCUGGGCCGUGCUGCUGAUGCUCUCAUUGCCAUCUCCAACUACCGGCUGCAUAUCAAGUUCAAGGACUCUGUCAUCAACGUCCCCCUCCGGAUGAUUGACAGUGUGGAGAGCCGUGAUAUGUUCCAGUUGCACAUUGCCUGCAAGGACUCCAAAGUGGUGAGGUGCCACUUCUCCACUUUCAAGCAGUGCCAAGAGUGGCUCUCAAGGUUAAGCCGGGCCACAGCAAGACCCGCCAAGCCUGAGGACCUCUUUGCCUUUGCCUACCACGCCUGGUGCCUGGGGCUGACGGAGGAGGACCAACAUACCCACCUGUGUCAGCCAGGAAUGCACAUCCGAUGCCGGCAGGAGUUGGAGCUGGACAGGAUGGGCUUUGACCUGCAGAACGUCUGGAGGGUCUCGCAUAUCAACAGCAACUACAAAUUAUGCCCUAGUUACCCCCAGACGCUGCUGGUUCCUGUGUGGAUCACUGAUAAAGAGCUGGAGAAUGUGGCUUCCUUUCGCUCCUGGAAACGGAUCCCUGUGGUUGUGUAUAGACACCUGCGCAAUGGGGCUGCCAUUGCCCGCUGCAGCCAACCUGAGAUCAGCUGGUGGGGUUGGCGUAAUGCUGAUGAUGAAUACCUGGUGACAUCCAUUGCUAAAGCCUGUGCCCUGGACCCGGGGACAAGGGCUCCUGGGGGCUCCCCUGGCACUGGGAAUAAUGAUGCCAGUGAGGCGUGUGACACUGACUUUGAUUCCUCCCUGACUGCGUGCUCUGGGGUGGAGAGCACAGCGGCUCCUCAGAAGCUGUUGAUCCUGGAUGCGCGAUCCUACACAGCGGCAGUGGCUAACCGGGCCAAGGGUGGAGGUUGUGAGUGUGAAGAGUACUACCCCAAUUGUGAGGUUGUGUUCAUGGGAAUGGCCAACAUCCAUGCUAUCCGCAACAGCUUCCAGUACCUCCGGGCUGUGUGCAGCCAGAUGCCAGAUCCCAGCAAUUGGCUUUCGGCACUGGAGAGUACCAAAUGGCUGCAGCACUUGUCGGUGAUGCUCAAGGCAGCUGUGCUGGUGGCGAAUACGGUAGACCGGGAAGGUCGACCCGUGCUGGUACACUGCUCAGAUGGCUGGGACCGCACGCCCCAGAUAGUAGCGCUGGCCAAAAUACUCCUGGACCCGUAUUAUAGGACUUUGGAGGGCUUUCAGGUGUUGGUGGAGUCUGACUGGCUGGAUUUUGGGCACAAGUUUGGAGAUCGCUGCGGCCACCAGGAAAAUGCAGAGGACCAAAAUGAACAAUGCCCUGUGUUCCUACAGUGGCUCGAUUCUGUUCACCAGUUGCUGAAGCAGUUCCCCUGCCUGUUUGAGUUUAAUGAAGCAUUCCUGGUAAAGCUGGUGCAGCACACAUACUCUUGCCUGUAUGGCACCUUCCUGGCCAACAACCCUUGUGAGCGAGAAAAGCGUAACAUCUACAAUCGCACCUGCUCUGUGUGGGCUCUUCUGCGAGCCGGGAACAAGAACUUCCAUAACUUCCUCUACACGCCGGGCUCAGACGUGGUCUUGCAUCCUGUUUGUCACGUCCGGGCCCUGCACCUCUGGACAGCUGUUUACCUUCCAGCAUCAUCUCCAUGCACACUCGGGGAGGAAAACAUGGAUCUUUACCUUUCCCCAGUGGCCCAAAGCCAAGAGUUCUCUGGCCGCUCUCUGGACAGAUUACCUAAAACCAGAUCCAUGGAUGAUCUUCUUUCUGCAUGUGAUACAAGCAGCCCCCUGACCCGCACAUCCAGUGACCCUAACCUGAAUAACCAUUGUCAGGAGGGCCGAGCAGGCCUUGAGCCCUGGCAUGGCAGUCCUGAAGGAACAGAGACAACUUGUGUAGAGUCUGCAGCUGGAGGUCCUCGCCAGACUGGAGGAGAUGGGAGCCUUCAUCCCCCUCUGGCCAGCAGCCAGAAAGACUACUUGAACAGUAAACCCUUUAAGAGUCAAAAAAGUUGUUCUCUAAACUAUAAACUGCUUACUACCAACCUGCCCUGGGAAACGAAGAGCAACACCUCUGAUCCUGAGACCAAGUCCCUGGAAGAGACAAAGGCAACUGCUAAGGACCCUCCUGCCAGGGCUGGGCUGGGGAGGACUUUAGAUGACCCUGGAGAGCCACCUGAACUUUGCCGGAAGGCAGAAACUGUCAGUGUACUCUCAAAGGUCAUUUCUAACAAGUAUGAUGGAAUUUGUGAUUCUCCUAAGUCUUCACGGGACUCCCUCACAGAUGACCCUAAACAGAUCCCACCAGAUUCUGGGCCAAGCAUGAACCCCAAAUGUGAUCCAGGCACCCUUUGCAACCCAGCAAGUGCUGCCUGCCAAACUCCUGUAGCCCUAAGCACUGAUUCUGGUGCAAGUAUCUCCCAACAGAAACAGCCUAUCUCUGUGCCGGAUCUGCUCCAUGCAGAGGAAGACACUGGCAAAAGAGGAAGUAAUAGGAAUGUACAGUUAUUGGAAAAUCCUCGCUUUGGGAAAAUGCCAUUUGAAUUGGCCCGAAAGCCAAUAUCUCAGAGCCAGAUCAGCGAGUUCUCUUUUCUGGGGUCCAACUGGGACAGUUUCCAAGGGAUGGUGACUUCAUUUCCAAGUGGAGAGUCCACCCCUCGGCGGCUGCUUUCCUAUGGCUGUUGCAGCAAGAGGUCAAGCAGUAAGCAGCUGCGGGCAGUGGGGCCCUGCUUCGGUGGCCAGUGGGCCCAGAGAGAAGGUGUGAAGUCACCAGUGUGUUCUGGUCAUUCCAAUGGACACUGUACUGGCCCUGGAGGAAGACACAACCGAAUGUGGUGGUCUGGUCACCCAAAGCAAGUCCCCAACACAAAGCCUGUUCCAUUGAGCUGCCCUUCUCCAGUGCCUCCCCUCUACUUGGAUGAUGACGGACUCCCAUUUCCCACUGAUGUAAUCCAGCACAGGUUACGGCAAAUCGAAGCAGGGUACAAGCAAGAGGUGGAACAGUUACGACGACAGGUGCGCGAGCUUCAGAUGAGGCUAGAUAUCCGUCACUGCUGUGUCCCUCCAGCAGAGCCUCCUGUGGAUUAUGAGGAUGAUUUUACAUGUCUGAAGGAGUCAGACAGCAGCGAUGCAGAAGAUUUUGGUUCUGAUCACAGUGAAGACUGCCUUUCUGAAGCAAGCUGGGAGCCUGUUGAUAAGAAGGAGACCGAGGUGACUCGCUGGGUUCCGGACCACAUGGCAUCCCAUUGCUAUAAUUGUGACUGUGAGUUCUGGUUGGCCAAACGAAGACACCAUUGCAGAAAUUGUGGGAAUGUAUUUUGUGGUGAAUGUUGCCACCUGAAGCUGCCCAUUCCUGAUCAACAACUCUAUGACCCAGUUCUCGUCUGUAACUCAUGUCACGAGCACAUUCAAGCAUCUCGUGCCAGGGAACUCAUGAGCCAACAUCUGAAGAAACCCAUUGCUACAGCUUCCAGUUGAAUGCCAGAGAAGAAGACCUGUUCAAUUUUAGCAGGUUUGAAGGGAGGAUUGCCUCAGGCAUAGUUUGGAAGGGGUCCCCUGAUGUGGCUCUUGAAAUCAGAGCUCAGAGAUAGUGUCUUGAGCUAUCUUCCUUGGUACCAUGAGCCGGGACAGAAGAAUUCCAGUUUGAUAGGAGGCCCUGUACUGCUGAGACCCUCACUUUGGGGUAAUGGUCCUGACCCAGACCAGCAGUCUGGAAGCUUAACGUUGAGUUGGGGACUUCAGCUUCUCUGUCCCAAGAGUCAUAAGAUGAUGAUCUCAUAGAUACUGCCUGGUGCAAAGUGCCCCAAACAGCAAUAGAAAGGCAAAUGUAUAACCAAACUCCAAGUGAUAACCAGACCCACUGCUCCUUUACCUUGAGAAAGGCAGAUCCUAGUGUCCCAGACAGGAACUGCUAUCCUCUGAGAUGAACUCUGUCCCAUCCCUCCAUGUCUGUGCAUGAAGGCUCGGUCUUUAGAGGCACAACGUCUAGCUGCAUUUGUACUGUCUUUCCAUGGAGUUUGGUUUCAAGACUGGUUCAGCAAGUGGAGGAUUUGAUGUAUUUUUCACUUGGUCCAUCAGCUGGCAUCCAUGACUGUGGUGGAGGGGGACAGUGUUGGGGAGUGAGAUCUAAGGAGAAAACUCUGCUGGUGUUCAGCCUCGGCAAAGGACGAUUACUGUGAGCUGUGAAGGCAGCCAUCUCUGUUGCCCAGGC